ACACUCGAUCGUGAAACUAAUACGAUAUCUUAUCGUUUCUAAGUAUUGUAUCUUAAAUUCCGUGAAUUAAUAACAUAAUUGUCAACAUGAGUAAAUACGUUUACCGUUCGCCUUUAAAUGACGCUAUUUGCGCUCCUGAAAGGGAGCAAAAGUGCCCAUGGAAUCCAAAGGCUGACAGAUCUACCUCUAUUCAUACGAAGGUCAAUUGGCAAGCACCUCGGCCAAAAAUCCUGCCAAAUGCUUUGCAUGCAAUUGGGAAUACUCCAUUGAUCAAGCUUAACAGAAUACCUCAGCAAGAAGGUUUGGAAUGUGAUAUAUAUGUGAAAUGUGAGUUCUUUAAUCCUGGCGGCUCAGUAAAAGACCGCAUGGCAAACAGAAUACUAACAGAUGCCGAAAACGAAGGUAUUUUAAAACCAGGAUGUACCAUUAUAGAACCUUCUUCAGGUAAUACUGGUAUUGGUUUGGCUAUGGCAGCAGCUAUUAAAGGAUAUCGAUGUAUAAUCGUAAUGUCAGAAAAAAUAUCCAAAGAGAAAGAAUACGUAAUGAGAGCCUUAGGAGCGGAAGUCAUCAGAUGCCCAGUCACAGCUAAUUCAUUUUCUCCAUAUGGAAUGUUUGGUACUGUCCAUCGUUUAUCAAAAGAAAUUCCGAACAGUAUUAUUUUUGACCAGUUCUCGAAUCCCGGAAAUCCACUAACUCACUACGAUACCACAGCAGAAGAAAUUUAUGAUCAAUGCGACAAACAAGUAGAUAUGAUAAUAAUGGGGGCAGGAACAGGUGGUACCGUUACGGGUAUUGGAAGAAAAUUCAAAGAGAUCUCUCCCAAUACAGAAAUCGUUUGUGCAGAUCCAAUUGGAUCAUCUUUUGCUUUACCAGAAGCUAUAAAUAAAACUGACGUUACUUUCUGGGAAAUAGAAGGAAUGGGCUACGAUUUUAUUCCCUCAACUUUGGACCGCAAAGUCAUUGAUACUUGGAUUAAAGUAGGAGACGAGAAUGCUCUGCCAAUGGCAAGAAGGAUGAUUAAAGAUGAAGGACUUUUAAUUGGAGCUAGCAGUGGAGCUAUGAUGUGGGCUGCUAUCCAAGCAGCAAAAGCUAAAAACUAUGGCCGUGGUAAAAGGGUUGUAGUUAUGUUACCAGAUAGUAUUAGGAACUAUUUAACAAAGUUUGUAUGCGACCAAUGGAUGGAAGAGCGAAAUCUUCAACCUUGUGUAAACAUAAACAAUCAUCCGUGGUGGAAUUUAAAUGUCUCCCAAUUAAAUCUUCCUGAAGUACAAACGGUACCAGUAAAUUCUUCCAUUGAACAGACUUUGAAUCUAAUGAAGAAACUUGGACUUAGUCAGAUACCAGCAUUGGAUGAUCAAGGGGGUGUUGUUGGAGUACUUUCAAUGCAGCUAAUUAUUAACAAACUCACAUCUGGUAAAGCUAAACUCAGUGAUUCAAUAGCAGAUGCUAUUGACAGACUUUAUCCUAGAGUUGAAAAGUCUGCUAACGUUGGACUUGUGUCAAGAGUAUUGGAACGGGAGCCCUAUUUGCUAAUUUUGGAUACACAAGGCAAAGGCCCUUCGAAGAUAAAUAAACCCGUAGGCGUCGUAACUCCUUUAGAUUUUCUUCAGUUUCUUCAGAAGCAGCAUUAAUUAUACGAAGGAGACUACUGUUUCCACGAUUUAACAAAAAUAAUCAAGUGAUAUUAAUUGAUAAAUAAAUAAGUAUUCUAAUUUAA